AUGUCACAAUCGUUGACAACGUCCGCCAUACCGACGCCGUUUCAGCCCCAUCGGGACCACCAUACGCAUCAUGAAAAGGCAAAAGUACCUGAAUCACAGCCUCCGGCAGAUCCCGAACCAGGCACGUACUCGCCAAUAUUAAGUUGCAUGUUAGCAGGUGGUUUUGGAGGUGCCAUCGGCGAUUCGGCGAUGCACUCGUUGGACACCGUCAAGACCAGGCAACAAGGAUUGCUGUGGAACCCAAGGUACAAGAACAUGGUGCCGGCCUAUAUCACAAUUUUCCGUCAAGAAGGCUUUUUUAGAGGCCUCUAUGGCGGUUACACUCCGGCAAUAUUGGGGUCUUUUCCGUCCACGGCUACAUUUUUUGGAACUUACGAGUACUCAAAACGUUUCAUGAUCAACAACUUACAUAUGAAUGAUACCGUGUCGUAUUUCAUCGCCGGUAUAUUGGGUGACUUGGCCCUGAGUGUAUUCUACGUUCCAUCGGAAGUGCUCAAAACAAGGUUACAGUUACAAGGCCGCUUCAACAACCCUUACACAAAAGGUUGCGGCUAUAAUUAUAGAAACCUCCGAGAUGCCGUCAGGCUGAUCUCUAAAACUGAAGGCACGUCAGCUUUGGCAUACGGAUAUAAAGAGACUCUUUUGCGAGACUUGCCUUUUAGUGCUUUACAAUUUGCAUUCUACGAGCGAUUCCGCCAGUGGGCAAUCAUCUAUAAUGACUCCAAUCACGAUUUGCCUUUUACCCUCGAGCUUGGAACUGGUGCCGCCGCAGGUGGUUUAGCUGGUGUGCUUACGACACCGUUGGACGUCAUUAAAACCAGAAUUCAAACGGCCACAACGUCGACAGCAGGUGCACAUGCCCCACAUUUUGCAUCUACUGGAGGCGCUUUCUCACAACUAUUGCACAAGUUUUCGACGGUCAAGGCAUUGCAUUCGAUUUACAAGAACGAGGGCAUUUACGGCAUGUUUUCUGGAGUGGGGCCCCGUUUCAUCUGGACGGGUAUCCAGAGCUCUAUUAUGCUUUUACUAUAUCAGAUGACACUCAAGAGAUUAGACGCUGAUACGUCUCACAUCAAUGAGACAAAUGUAAAGUUUCUCACCAAGGAACCCAUCGUAGGGCUCAAGAUUUCUGAUGGUGAUACCUUGAAGAAACGCGUCCAGAUCACAUUUGAUUCUGCUGGCCAUUUCAACCAUUUUGUUCAAAAGAUCAAAUUAUGGUUGGGCCUCAAUGUUGUCGUGCAACGCUCCUUGGAAGACCAGCUUCUGAUGUCACAGGAGGUGGCUGGACUGCAGAGCCAGAGGAGACCAGAGCAGCCUAGAGUUGACAUUGCUGAUACUGGAAAUGACCUUCUUUCCCAAAAAGAGUCUUUUUCCCAGGUGCGGCCAAACUCUAAGGAUCUGGAACUUCAGGGUUCCCAGACUGCUCGAGCAUCCCAGCCCUUUGCGCCCUCUCAGGCCGCUCCUGAUAUUCCACUGAUCAGGCCCUCACAAUCUUUUUCUCAGAAUGCCGACCAGCCCAAUCAACUGCUGCAUGUCAAUUGGCAGGUCAACUCUCCUCAGCCACUGGCCAACAUGGUGAGUCCCUCGGUUGCAGCCAGUAACUUCACCCAUUCACUCAAUCUUCUUGUCAAUGCAGCUCAGGGUCUUCAGAACGAGGUCACGGGCAUGAUCUCGCCAAAUCCCAGCCAGUAUACAGCAGAACAAACUGUAGCUUUUCGAGGAAACAAGGAGGCCCAACACUCCCAAAUUUUUGAACCGGCUGUGCCGCCUGGUAUGAACAGGUCAAUUUCAAAUAUAUUGAGCCAGCCCUCACAGACCUCUGCCCGCCCUGACGACUCAUUCUUGUCACAACUGACUCAAAGGUUUGACAACAGCUGUUUCUCGAUACUAAACCCUGUUAAAUCAGAGCUGCAGUCUGAUGUCAGUAUGUCUAAGCCAGGUAUCCCACUGAUAACAGAGAAGGAUUUGCGCAAUGCAAUUGAGGAUAUACCUUUCGAAAUACCCGCUGAAGAGAAUGCCAGAAAGAAGACUCGAAGGGGAAGUAAAAUGGAUAACCUUCUCAGCAAGGCACUAGAGGAUGCAUUAAAGGAUGAAGAUGGAAUUGAGGAGUUAGACGACAUGUCUCUUAGACUCAAGAUCGCUCAAAAGUUGAAAAGUAGCUCGUUCAAGGCGUUUGUCAAGCGUGUUGAUAAGUUGGUCGGCGAUAAGAUGCAGCAAUGA